CCAGCACAUCCUGCAGCUCACGGUCACAGCGCGGCCCGGACGCGUUCGCCAGCCUGGGCAGAGACACACCUGAGGCGCUUCAAAAUGCUCCGCAAGUCGCUAAUAAACAUCGGGAUGCGCGUUUGUCGCCAACCACAGCCGAAUGGGUUUCAAAGCGCGACAGCGGCGUUAAAUCCAGUAAAAAGUACUUGGGACCAACGCCGCCGCGACGCAUCCACCACGACUGUUGCGGAGGGAAACAGUAAACUCAAAACAAUGGAGGAUUUAAAUGGACCUAGUUUCUUGACUUCCUUAUACUGGCUUUUCAUCAAGGGCUACUUCCAAACGACACACCAGAUGCAAAUUGAGCACAGCAAGAUCUAUGGUCCUCUGUGGAAGUCAAAGUACGGCCCUCUGGUCAUUGUGAACGUGGCCAACGCCGAGCUGAUAGAGCAGGUGCUGAGGCAGGAGGGGAGACACCCGGUCAGGACGGACAUGCCACACUGGAGGGCGUACCGGGAGCUCAGGAACCAGGCUCACGGACCGCUGACAGAGAUGGGAGCUAAGUGGCAGCGUAUCCGGAGCAUCCUGAAUCCUCGCAUGCUCAAGCCCAAGCAUGUCUCCUCCUACAGCAACGCCAUCAACAUGGUGGUGACAGACUUCAUCGAUAAAGUGGCCUGGCUGAGGGAUACACACGGCCAAGGAGUGAUGGUCCACGACCUGGCUGGAGAGCUCUACAAGUUCGCGUUUGAAGGGAUCUGUUCGGUGCUGUUUGAGACCCGUAUGGGCUGUCUGAACGAGGUGGUGCCAGAGCAAACCCAGAAGUUCAUCGUCUCUGUGGGGGAAAUGUUCCGCCUGUCCCAGCUCGUCAUCCUCUUCCCCAAGUCCACCUGGCCUUACCUUCCCUUCUGGAAACAAUUUGUCGCCGCUUGGGAUUACCUCUUUAAAGUUGCUGAGGAGUUGGUGCAGCAAAAAAUAGACGAUGUCCAGGAGAAGCUGCAGCUGGGACAGCCUGUGGAGGGAGAGUACCUCACACACCUGCUGCUCAGCGAGCAGAUGACCGUCACUGAGAUCCUGGGCAGCAUCACCGAGCUCCUGCUGGCUGGAGUCGACACGACAUCGAACACCAUCUCGUGGACUCUUUACCACAUGGCGAAGGAGCCGGAGAUUCAGGAGAAGCUGUAUCAGGAGGUGAUCAGUGUCUGCCCUGGAGAAAAAGUGCCAACCAGUGACGACAUUGCGAACAUGCCCUACCUGAAGGCCGUCAUCAGGGAGACCCUACGGUUAUAUCCAGUGGUGCCAGGCAACGCUCGUCUCACUGUUGAAAACGAGAUUGUGGUGGGAGAUCAUCUCUUCCCCAAAAAGACCCUGUUCCAUCUGUGCCACUAUGCCGUGUCGUACGAUGAGAAGGUUUUCCCUGAUCCCCACACCUUCCUGCCUGAGCGCUGGCUCCGAGGAGGGGAGGAUCGGUCCAAGCAGCACCCAUUUGGAUCGGUGCCUUUUGGCUUUGGGAUCCGGGCCUGCCUGGGCCGAAGGGUGGCUGAGCUGGAGAUGUAUCUCCUCCUGUCCAGGUUGAUAAAACAGUACGAGGUGAAGCAAGAUCCUGCAGGAACCACCGUCAAGGCGAUUACCAGGACUCUGAUGGCCCCCGCCACGUCGAUCAACCUGCAGUUUCUGGACAGGCAAGUGCAGUAGGAGGAGGCGGCGCCGAGGGUGGGAGUCCCUUUAUGAACUGUUUUAGUAUUCGUACCGUGUCGCCUCCCUGUCACCAAGCACUUGUUUGCAGAGGGUUCACGUGAAGACGAUUGCCUCAGAUGCUCCCACCCAUGUCACAGAACAAGAGGUGGCUGAGGAAAUAACAUUUUGGAAGUUAAAACUGUAUUAUUUUUCCAUUUAAAUAGGGAUACUUAACCAUGCAAAACAGUAUUUUGCAACACGGAGCCACUGCUUUACAGAAAAAUCCCAUGUAACUAUAAUAUUUUGUUGCUGUCAUGUUGGGGGGUUGUUGUUGUUGUUUUGGGGAUGCUAAGAAACCAUCAUACAGCUGUGAUUUAUAUUUUAGAGAGGUUUAUUGCACUGUACAUACAUUAUAAAAUGUAUUCUGUGGAUUUUUGUAUUAAUUGUUUAUAAUUAAGAGUUAUGAUUUAAAACUUCAUCAUCGUGUUUCAGACCUAAAGUAGACUUGUCUAAAUAGUGAUAGACACACUAUUAAUGAAUGUAAAAAUGCACUUAUACACAUUUUUCUAAUGAUAUUACCCUGGCAUAAUAAAACUAUAAUUUUUUAACGUGA